GGCUGGGAGCCCCCAGGGCUGCCCCAUGAGGACGGGGUUGAUAUGGGGUCAUAGGGAAGCAGAACCAGCCCCAGCCCCAGGAAAGAGCCCUGCAGUGAGGGGCAGGGGCUGCUCCAUAGCAGAGUCCCGCAGGCACCACCAGCACCUGCUCUGGUCCCAACACCGGCUCCAGUCCCAUCUCAGCCCACUUCAUCCCCAGUCUGCCGCAAUCCCAGUCUCUGCGUGUCAACCCCAGCUCCAGUCCCAGCACCAGCACCAGUUCAAGUCCCUGCUCCAGUCUCAUCUCAGUGAACUUCAGCCCCUGCUUCUGCCCAAGUAACAGCUCAGCCCCUAUCCCAGUCCCAGCCCCAGUGCCAGCCCAGUCCCAGUCUCAGUGCCAGCCCAGCCCCGGCCAGCCCAGCCCAGCCCAGUCCAGUCCCAGCACCCCCCAGGAGAGGCAGGAACUCACAUCCCAGCUAUCCUGGUGGAGUUUCCGACACAGGAAAGCGCCGCGGCGCCGAGCGGGGCAGUGGAGGCGGCCGCAGCGCCGCGUCCUGCCAUGGACAGCGAGGCCAAGAAGGGGAAGAAGGGUUUUGUGUCCCCCAUCAAGCGGCUGGUUUUCCCGAAGGCAGCACGGAGGGCAGCGCUCCGCAGCAGCGUCUACCGGCGCCCGCUGCACUCCGUGCCCCUCUACCCCCCCGACUACCUGAUCGACCCCCAGAUCCUGCUGCAUGACUACGUGGAGAAGGAGGUGAAGUUUUUAGGUCAUCUGACAUGGGUGACAUCCUCCCUGAACCCCUCCAGCCGGGAUGAGGUGCUGCAGCUGCUGGACACGGCCAGGCAGCUGAAGGAGCUGCCGCUGCAGACGACGCCGGAGCAGGACAGCAUCCUCAGCCUCUCGGCGCGCUGCCUCCUGCUCACCUGGCGCGACAACGAGGAGCUGAUCCUGAGAAUCCCCACACACGAGAUCGCAGCGGCCUCCUACCUGCGCGACGAUGCCCUGCACCUCCUCAUCCUCAAAACCGGCCUGGGAGUGGACCCGGUGCCCGCCGGGGCGCACCCCGAGGCGGCCCCGGCCGGCUUGCCCGAGGCGUUUCCCGCAGAGAAGCGUGCGGGGGGCUCGUGGCCCGAGGGCCGGCUCGGGGGCCCGAUGGAGCGGCGGCACACGAUCUGCAGCCUGGACUGGCGGGCGGCGCGGGGCGGGCAGGAGGGCCGGCAGGGCGGCAGCCUGGAGCGGCGGCGGGGCGGCAGCUGGGAGCGGCGGCAGCGCGGGCGGCCCUCGGGCAGCUGGGAGCGGCGGCGGGCCGGCACCGCCGGCGGCAGCUGGGAGCGCGGCACCGGCUUCGGCAGCUGGGAGCGGCGGCACGCCGGCAGCAACCCUCUGGACCCCCAGGAGCCCUGCCCCGACGCUUACUGCAACCUCAUUAUCCUCGCCGUGCCCAACAGGGAUGCUGGGGAGGAGUCCUGCGCGCUCAUCUGCCAGGUGUUCCAGAUCAUCUACGGCGACCAGAGCAUCGAGUGCGUGGACCGUGCUGGGUACCACUACACCUCCACGCCCACGCGGCCUUGGCUCUCCAGCAGGAGCGAGAGCUGCCGCACAGAUGGGACAUACGGCUACGAUGCUGACUACAGCUGCUGCAGCUCCUUCAAUGGCUCCCACGAGACCUUUGAGGCGUAUUACAGCGGCGCCUCCUCGCCCUCCUUCCACCGCUCCCACCACAGCCUGGCCACCGCUUGCAGUGGCAGUGACCAGAGUGGCGCAGGGCUGGAGCAGCUGCAGGACUACAUGGUGACGCUGCGCAACAAGCUGUCACCACAGGAGAUCCAGCAGUUUGCCAUCCUGCUCCGUGAGUACCGGCUGGGCACACCAGUGCAGGAGUACUGCACGGAGCUCCUGCGCCUCUACGGGGACCGCAGGAAGUUCCUGCUCCUGGGGAUGAGGCCCUUCAUCCCUGACCAGGACAUCGGGUACUUCGAGACCUUCCUGGAGAGCAUCGGGAUCCGGGAGGGCGGGAUCCUCACCGACAGCUUCGGCCGCAUCAAGCGCAGCAUGAGCAACACAUCGGCCUCGGCCGUGCGCAGCUACGACAGCUGGUCCCUGCGCUCCGAGGCCGAGUCCUUCAACCGCAUGAUCACCGACAUCACCCAUGAUAUCGAGGCACUGGCACGGGACGAGGAAGAGGAGGAGGAGGAGGAAGAGGACAACUACCUGUGAGCCAGUGCCAAAACCCAGCUGUCCCCUCCCUGCUCGCUGAGGUGGUGCUGUGCAUCCAGGAGCAGAUUCAGCAGGUGCCCAGCUCUGCCCCAGAAACAGGGAGAGUGAAUUUGUCACCAGGGGAGGGGACAGGCCUCUGCACUGCCCUGUCGGCUUUUGUCAAGGCUGCUGGAAUCACAGGGCAGCCGUGGCUGUUGGGGAGACACGUGCUGUAAUUUCUGCAGAUUUCAAUUAAAUGCUGGGGCUGGGAGCAGAGCAGGUUGUUCCCUGG